UAAAGUAAUCAUAUCAUAUAUAAACUUUUCCACUAAAAUCUCAUAUCAUAUACUAAACUUUCAACCGUAUGAUACAUAUUUUCAUAUUUAAAAAUGACUUUUCUGAAUAUUCAUGUUACCUUCACAAAAAUGUAGAAAUUCAUUGGUUCUGUAAAAUAUAACCCGACUUCACGAUAUCAGUAUUGAUUAUUCACCAUUUUGAAAAUUAUUGGUUUAGAUAUUACACUUUAAUAUACUUUUCACUUAAAAACAAAUCAAUAUUAUUAAAAGGGAAAGAGACUUAAACAAUUUAAUAUAAAAAACUUGUGGGAGUCAUGUAUAGCUAUUUAUUAUUUUUUGGUAAUACCAUUAAUCAUUCUAACCAUACAAUAUUUUAAAUAUUUUUAACAGAUCCUAAUAUUAUUCCUUAUGAUACUUUUACUCAGAAAAAAUUUCAUCAACCAUGUUUUUGUACAAUAACAUUAAAAAUCUAUAUCAAAAGGUUGUUGGACCUGAUAUGGACGUAAUGGGUCCAUAUCUGUUCAGGUAUUUAGGAUCCUAAAAAUUUUUGAAAUAUCUUAAAAAUCUGAAAAACAUCCGAAACACGAAAAGUACUUGAAACUCCAAACAAAUACCCAAAAAAUUCAAAUACCUAAAAAUUCAAAAUCUGACACGAUGAACGGAAAAAUACCCAAACUUUGAUCCAGAUACCCUUUUUUUUUUAAUUUGAAAAUUUACCUGAAAUCAAAAACUACAAUCGUAACCAAAAACUUAAAAACAAUAUCCAUAAUACCAGAAACAUAUUCGAAAUAUCCAAAUAUACCUAAUAAACACAACAUAUUUAUGAUCGGGUUUAGGAUAGGACUCGGACUCAAACAAAGAUUUGCGGGUCCAAAAAAAACCUAUAGGUUAUCUUCUAUGGACCUGAACUUAAACUAUAUUUUUGGGUCGGUUCAGUUUGUUUUUUAAUCCGGAUAUAAUUCUCAUGCCUAAAAUAAACUUACGUAAAAGUGUACAUAUAAAAUCUCAGAUAAAGUAAUUCAUAGAUUAUAUAACUGUUAAAAAUUAUAUUUUUUGAUAUAAUAAAAUUUUGUAUUAUAAUAUAAUCCAAAAAACCCGCGCUUUCCAAGCGCGGAUGAAAAUCUAGUAUUAGUGUAAAAGGACAUGGUUAUCAUUUUUUUGUUCUGAAAAAACAAUUUCUCCAAUUUAAUUUACUACACUAGUGCAUCUUGGCAUAUUCAUUGACCGGAUUACUUCCAGAGUUAUUGAGUAUUGAGUUAACCACGAACAAAACUAGUGUAUAUUUCAAUAAUUUAAUUAAUUUUAAUAUUUUUGGGUUGCUUUUCUUUUUGUGUUUUGUCAACUUUUAUCAUUAAUCUUUAAAAAUAAAAAAUAUUUUACCAAUAUUUUGUUUUGGAAAAGAUGUCUUACCGAUAUUUGCUAGUUAUAUGACCAAGAUAUAACUUUCAUUAUCUACUCAGAUUUCUUUGCUAGCGUUAUCCACUUAAGUAGUUAAUUGUCUUGGCACAUAAUGGAAGGUGUACUGCUUAUAUGGCGGGACAUCACCUCCAAUGCCCACCCUCCUUAUCGGUCAAUCUUUGAAGGACAUGAAACAAAAAGGAAAAAAUAUAAAAUGGCAAAUUGCUGGAAUUUACAGUUAACCCUAAGGAAGGUAAACUAUUUACGGGUUUUACCAAGUUUAACCGGAGAGAAAACCGAAUCGAAUUGAAAUACGAACCAAAGAUCAUAAAUUAGACUUAACCGUUCCCAAUCCAACUUAAACCCUCCGAUCCAAUCUCGAUUUUAACCAUCUCGAACCCGAAUCCAAAUAACCACUCAAUUUCGAUUUAAACCAAGUCUCCCCUUUAUUUCCAUUUCCCCUCUCUCUCGGGAUCCCCUCUCUCUCAACGGUUUCCCCCAAAUUCGAAAACGUAACCCUAGAACAUCCCACUCCCCUUCGAUUCCUUCGAUUUCCCUUCGAUUAUUCACCGAAAACGUGUGAAUCAUGGUUGAAACUAGGCUGGGUAAGAGAAAGGAUAGGCCUCCUCCAACGGCUCCUCCUCCGCAAAAGAGCGGGACCUCGAAGAACUCGAAGAAGAACAAACCGAAGAAGAGUUCCAAGAAGAGAAAAACGACGGAUGAGGAAUCACCGGCGGUUGAUUUUGUUGGAACCGUGGGAGUUGCGGAGGAGAAUGAAGUAGAAGAACCGGCUAAGGAUGUAGAAGAUCGGGAGAAAGAGAAAGAAGAAUCGGAGAAGGAGAAAGAAAGGGAAGAAGAAAAUGGAGACGAAGAUGAAGAGGAAGAAGAAAAUAGCGAUGAAUCUCAAGAAGAGAAAGACGAAAAUGGAGACAAAGAUGAAGAGGAAGAAGGAAAUAGCGAUGAAUCUCAAGAAGAGAAAGACGAAAAUGGAGACAAAGAUGAAGAGGAAGAAGGAAAUAGCGAUGAAGAAGUAGAGAACAAAGAUGAAGAAAAAAUCCAAGAGGAGGAAGACACCGGAGAAGAAGAGAACGGGACUCCCGAAGAGAACAGAGGUCAAAAUGAAAAUGAAAAUCAAGAACAAGGAGAACCCCCAUUGGAAGCGGAAUUAGGAAAUGUUGAUGGUGAUGGUGAAGGGGUUCUCGGGCAAGGAGAAGAGGAAUUAGAGGCAACCGAGGCAAUCAAACCGUUGAGGAUGUACUUCUAUGAGUCGGAGUACAAGAAACAAAUAAAGCUAGCGACCAAAUGUUUCGUCAAAGACGUUAUGGUUACAUUUGACAAUCUGGAACCGCCGAUGAGUGAUACUGAGAGGAAGUGGUUUGAGAAGCAUCCACAAUUCUGUCACGUGUUCCACCUGGAGAAAGACUCAAACCACAUGGUCCAAGGAAUGUGGAUGUUGCUAUUGCGGACAGUGGAUAGCUCGAAGAGGAAGGAAGUGUGGUUCAUUGUGAAUGGUGUUCCCAUCCGCUAUGGCCUGAGAGAACACGCUUUGAUCUCAGGUCUUAGCUGCCGCAACUAUCCACUUGGGUAUAAGGAGUUUGGUGAUAGAAAGUUCGUGAAGCGCCAUUUCAAGAAGGGAGAAUCAAUAAGGCUUGAGGAUGUCAAAGCGAAGCUGUUGGCUAUGGGAGAACACAGAGACCGGCUGAAGAUGAUGGUUUUGUUCUUUUUAGGAAGUGUUAUCUGUGCGCAAACGAAAGUAGGAAAAGGCGCCAGAGAUGUUUUGGAAUUCUUCCAAAGAGCUGUGGACGAUCUCGAGUUCUGCGAAAACUUUCCAUGGGGGAGGUACUCGUUUGAUUACAUGGUUAAGGAGAUAUCGCACACCAUAGAUCAUUUUGGAGGCCGGGUUAGAGAGAAGACUUUAUGGCCACUUCCAGGUUUCUGUCUGCCACUGGAGUUGCUUGCUUUUGAGGCAAUUCCCAAGUUGGGAUUGAAGUUCAGAAAAGAGGUUGAAGACGUCGAUGUAGACUGUCCUAGGAUGUGCAGAUCAGUCUUUAAAUCAGCAGGGAUGAAAGGGUUUUCACUUUCAAAAUUGAAUCGGGAACUGGACAAACUGGACAAAAUAACGUCACGGGAUAUCCACAGCAUCCUUCCUACCAAGACAGAAGAAGAAGUAGCUCUUUUGGAAGAGAUGACUGAAGAGGAGGACGACGUUGAUGUCGAUGAUAUUUCUGUUGACAGUUGGAUAAAGCGUCUUGCGGAAGGACAUUCAGUCUUUUUUGAAGAGAUGUAUGAUGUAGACGUUGCUGCGCGUGAUCCAAAUGCACAAGAGGCUGUCGACGAAGAUCAGGAUGACGAAGAAGGUGGAGAGGAAGGAGGCGCAAGCCAGAAGAAGAUGAUGGAGGAGUUGAUCAAACAAGUGAAAAUGUUUGGCACUCAGCUAAAGAGAGUUAAGAAGACAAUGGACAAGUUUGAGGAAAGGAUGGUGGUUCCGUUUGAGGCGUUUAUGAAGAAAGCUAUGGAUGAAGGGCAAGGAAGCAGGGAGUGAAGAACUCGGUUAUGUAUUUUGUAAACUCGGUUAUGUAUUUUGUGGGAAGUUGGACCCAUUAUUUUGUUGUUGUGUGGAUGUUGGAAACCUAUUGACUUAUUAGGUAUGUUGGAUGGAACUUGUUCUUGUUAUCAUGGAUGUUGCAAUCUUGUUAUUGUAGAACUUAAUGAAAACUAGGAAAACUAGAAAUACUAGGAAAACUAAUUCUUCAACACCACACUUAAACUAAGCAUACAAUUCUUCAAACUUCCUAACAAUGUCAUCUUCUUCAUUUUCGUCAUUCCCGCCCCCGCCCUUCCCUGUCUUCUUCUUCUCCAAGUGACUUUUCAUUUCAGAAAUGGUCUUCUGUAAUUGCUCAAUCACUUUAUCCUUCUCCUGGAUUUCAUCACGGGCUUGAAGCAAUGCUCUCCUUUGCCAUUCUGUACCAACCUCUUCAUCGAACCAAGAGAAGUAAUUGCAUUCAUUUCCAAGCUGCAAUAAGGUCAAAAUUCAAACCCAAUUCAAAUUCAGAUUCCAUUAUAUCCAGAUUCCAUCAUAUAUUCAUACCUUAAAACGCGGACAGCCAUAAAAGUGUCGACCAGGAUUUUUCUCAGUCCAAGCUUGCCUUAUUUUCGCCGGCAAGCCACAGUGACACAACCUCAGACAAGAAAAUCGGCGGCGGCUCCUUUGCGAUAAAGACGAACCCGAACCCGAACCCACUUCCAUCUUCACUUUUUCCAUCUCACUUGCUCGGCGAGGGGGGAAGAGAAUUCGAUUCUCAAAAUAGAGAAGAGAGACGAGAGAGGGAGAGAGACACGGGAGAGAGGGGGGGAAGAGGAAAUGGGGGGAGAAAUAGAGAGAAAGAGAGAGGGAGAGAUGAAAAAGGGAUAAAAAGUCAAACUGAAAGUACUUGAAAGGCUUUGGGAGGGGAGUAAAUUUGUGUGGUUGAGAUAAUUGCCCAAAAAAAAUUUGUUCAUAGUUAUACCCAAGAUACUAGUAUUCCCAACUUUGGUCAUAGUUAUAUUUUUGUCGGUUUCUAAUUUAUUUAGUGUUACUAAUCUAUUAAAAUUGGUUAUCUAGUUUUACCUUCAAUAUUACUAGUUUAAAUUGUUAUAUAUAUAGUUCCGUGCAAUUAUAUUUAGCGAAUAGAUAUAACUCGAAAGUUUCGUUUGUAAGAUGUCUUUGGCCAACAAAGUGUUAUUGGAAUUACAAGGUCUCGUAAGGGAUA